AUGUCGACCCGCAACCAUCACGUAUGCAGUGUAGUACCUCCUUAUCUGCUUAACGCUAUUGCCGACAGCAGCCACAACGAGGAUCACAUCCGCGAAUCCGCCCGCAACGCUCUCACCGUCCACAAGAACUAUGUCGGCAAACGCGAGAAACGUUUCGCUGCCCUGUGCGCCCCCCGCGGCAGCAGAGCCGCGGCCAGCAUAACCAGGCAACAAAGCAUCGUCCCGGAUCAUAUGCUUCAGCAUAUUGCCGACUGCGAGGAGGUCGACGACGACACCCGCGCCUGUGCUAGACGUGAUCUCGAGCACAUUAGGAAAGUCCACGCCAAGUACCAGGAAGCGCAGGGCCUCCGUACCGAUUCUGGUCAAAAGACUCUUACAGCUGCCGAGCAACCUGCGGAGGACUCCUCGAAGACCUAUCGCGCCGUAUAUGAUGCCAACCAUGACUCCAACGAAGACCACCUUCCAGGAAAGGUCCUUCGUGUCGAAGGUCAGAAGGCUUCGAAGGACGAGUCCGCCAACGAGGCUUAUGACAAUGCCGGUCUCGUGCUCUCCUUCUACAACGAUAUCUUCAACUGGAAGUCCAUCGACAACCACAACAUGCACGUGAUAAGCUCAGUGCACUUCGGUGUCAACUAUGAAAACGCCUUUUGGGACCCCGAAGUUGCUCAGAUGGUUUACGGUGAUGGCCAUACCUUUUUGACCAACUUUACUGGAGCUGUCGAUGUCAUUGGCCAUGAGCUCACCCACGCUGUUACCGAACAUACUUCGCCGCUGGACUACACGGGUCAGAGUGGCGCCCUCAACGAGCAUGUAUCGGAUGUCUUCGGCAUCAUGAUCAAGCAGAGAGUAGAGAACGAAACUGCCGACAAGGCCGACUGGCUGAUCGGUGAGAACUGCCUCAUGCCCGGCGUCAAGGGUGUUGCUCUGCGCAGUAUGAAAGCGCCCGGCACCGCCUAUGACGACCCUCGCUUCGGCAAGGAUCCUCAACCCGCAAACUUCAAGGACUUCAAAGUAACCCAGGAAGAUAAUGGCGGCGUCCAUCUCUACUCCGGCAUCCCCAACAAGGCAUUCUAUCUUGCUUCUGUCGCAUUUGGCGGUUACUCAUGGGAGAAAGCCGGCAAGAUCUGGUGGGAGACGAUGAACAGCGGCCAGAUUCCGGCCCGCUGCACCUUCAUCCAGUUCGCGGAUGUGACAGUCGACAAGGCCGAGGAGCUCUUUGGUGACGAUGCCGCGGCUGUCGUUCGCAAGGCCUGGAAGGACGUCGGUGUCGUGAGGAAGUCUCAUGCUUAG